AUGUCUUUACAGCAACUACCACAGCUGGUUUCAAAUUGGUUAUUCAAUGUGAUACAACCGCUGUAUAUUUACAAACAGAUAGUUUAUAACAAUGUUUAUCACUUGCUACAGUUGCAUUUGAAGAAGAAUUUUAAUUUUCGAAUAAGAACCAAAGUAUAUACUGACGAAGAAACCGGAGAGUCUUGUUUGUUGCUCAAUUUGUUCAAAACAAUUUUGAUAGAUGAGAACAUUAGUGUACCAAUAGAGAUUUGGAUACCAUUUACCUAUCCCUACAGUGAUUUUGAGAGACAAGGAGUGCCAUUGGUGUAUAUUGUGCCAGAUCAUUCUAAGAAUUGGUUCUUGAAACCUAGUAAUAAUGUUGAUUCACAAGGAAAGUUCUACCAUCCGUAUCUAUCGGCUUGGCAUCGCGAAUACACAGAAUCCAACUUUCAUGCUGGUGAAUUGUACAACUUAAAUGAGUUGGCCAAUAUUGUUCAUCAAAGUGUAUUGGCAGACCCACCAAUACUUAAUCGACUGCCUAUAUUGAGUAGUGGCGCACCGCCUCCGAAGCCAGCAAAGGUUGAAUACGGAAAGAGCUCUUUCACGUUUAAUAGAUAUCCGCAAAAUGAGGGCCAGCUUUUCCCACUUGAAACAAGUGGACCAUCAUUACCAGAGAAACCACCAAAAAUUACUUUGGCAAAUCACACGUCUUCUCAAUAUACCGGAAACAGCAGCAGCAUUAAUAUCGGCAUUGGCAGCAGCAGCAUUAACACUGGCAUUGACAUUGGCAGCAGCAGCAUUAACACUGGCAUUGACAUUGGCAGCAGCAGCAUUAACACUGGCAUUGACAUUGGCAGCAGCAGCAUUAACACUGGCAUUGACAUUGGCAGCAACAGCAGUGGUGGUAAACAACCACCACCAAUUCCAUUAAAGUAUCAGGCGCCGUUACCAAUACCAGAUCAAUACACUAAAACACGACAACCACCACCUCCAGAUACGCCUUCAACUCAAGUGCCCGUUGCCAUGCUUCAGACCCUUACAAUAAACGAACGACAGAACUUCCUGCCUCCAUCUUUACCAAUGCAGAAAGUUGAGCCAGUAGACCUUGUGGAUAGCGAUAAUCCUCAGGUCUCUAGCAUAAGUGCCGAACGAAAAAUGGCGUUAGAGAAAUUAUCAGAAAGAUUAAACCAAUGUUUUGAAAGCGAUCCUAUACAUCAAAGUAUAGCCUUUGCCAAUGAAAAUGUACAAAAGGCAAAUGCUUUGUAUAGCCAACUAAGUCACCAUUAUCAACAAGCUAAAGAAAAUUCGAAAAACUUGGAUGGGCACAUUCAGUAUCUAUCUACGAUAUUAACAAAUAUAACAGAUUUGAAUAAAGAACUAACUAAAUUGAAUGAACAGAAUAACCAUGCAGAGUCCAAAGUGGUUGUUAAUUCCAAAUGCGACAUUCCACUUGACGAGUUGAUUGUGCCUGACCUGCUCUUGGUCAAGCAAUUAUACGAAGUUGUUCUGGAAAUAAAAGCAAUUAAGGAUACAAUGAAUUUGAUAUCUGGAAAUUUUCACAGCUGCUCAGAAAUUAUUAAUGAUAAAAAUCAAGAUUUCUGUGUCAAGACAAUGAGAAAUUUGGGAAGAGAGUUGUUCUGGUUAGAGUUGACAAAGAAUGAAAUUGCAAAUAUAAUGAAGUUGCAAACGAUUUAUUAG